CUCCCUCCCCCGGAAGUUAGACCUAAUGUAAACACCGGAGCCGGGCGUCUGGGCCCGGGAGGUCAGAAAACCGGGCCGCGGGCGGCACCGACAGCUGGGGUUGGGAUCGGGCACGCGUGGAGGUCAGGGAAGCAAUCCUGGACCAUGACUCAGCAGCCACUUCGAGGAGUGACCAGCCUCCGUUUCAACCAAGACCAAAGCUGCUUUUGCUGCGCCAUGGAGACAGGUGUGCGCAUCUACAAUGUGGAGCCGUUGAUGGAGAAGGGGCAUCUGGACCACGAGCAGGUGGGCAGCAUGGGUCUGGUGGAAAUGCUACACCGUUGCAACCUGCUGGCCCUGGUGGGUGGUGGUAGCAGCCCCAAGUUCUCAGAGAUCUCAGCAGUGCUGAUCUGGGACGAUGCCCGGGAGGGCAAGGACUCCAAGGACAAGCUGGUGCUGGAGUUCACCUUCACCAAGCCAGUGCUGGCUGUGCGCAUGCGCCAUGACAAAAUUGUGAUCGUGCUGAGGAACCGCAUCUAUGUGUACUCCUUCCCUGACAGUCCCCGAAAGCUGUUCGAGUUUGACACCCGGGACAACCCCAAGGGGCUUUGUGACCUCUGCCCCAGCCUGGAGAAACAGCUGCUGGUGUUCCCAGGACACAAGUGUGGGAGUCUGCAACUUGUGGACCUGGCGAGCACAAAGCCUGGCACUUCAUCUGCUCCGUUUACCAUCAACGCCCAUCAGAGUGACGUGGCCUGUGUGUCCCUGAACCAGCCAGGCACUGUAGUAGCUUCAGCCUCUCAGAAAGGCACCCUCAUUCGCCUUUUUGACACACAGUCCAAGGAGAAACUGGUGGAAUUGCGCCGAGGCACUGACCCUGCCACCCUCUACUGCAUCAACUUCAGCCACGAUUCCUCCUUCCUCUGCGCUUCCAGUGACAAGGGCACAGUCCAUAUCUUUGCUCUGAAGGAUACCCGCCUCAACCGUCGCUCCGCGCUGGCUCGUGUGGGCAAGGUGGGGCCUAUGAUUGGGCAGUACGUGGACUCUCAGUGGAGCCUGGCGAGCUUCACGGUGCCUGCUGAGUCAGCCUGCAUCUGCGCGUUCGGUCGCAAUACUUCCAAGAAUGUCAACUCUGUCAUCGCCAUCUGUGUGGAUGGGACCUUCCACAAAUAUGUCUUCACUCCUGAUGGAAACUGCAACAGAGAGGCUUUUGAUGUGUACCUUGACAUCUGUGAUGAUGAUGACUUUUAAGGACACUGUGGGUUGUGCAAGGGUCCUGCAGUGGCAGCAGAUUGCAAAGCCUUCAGGGGAUCAGGAGUGCUGUGGAAGCUACCAGCCCGCAAGCAUUAAUGGGGCAGGUGCCCACCUUCCAUUCGGCAGCACUAUGCCUAAACAGCUCACUUCCCCCAAGCACUUCUCGGUGACUGUGUGCCUGCAGGGCCAGGCCAGGGACCCAGGGAGGGAGCAGACCACCUGGGGCUCCCAGCCUGAAGAAGACUGCUAGGGACCCAGAGGGAGUGCCCUGAUUAAAUCUGUGGGGAUUAAAAAACCUUCCCAGAAAGAGACAUCUCUGAUGUGAAUGUGAAUAAAAGGCCCUUGAUAGUA